AUGAAGUAUUUAAUCGGCUCCAUUUUGAUUUCCUUACUAUUGUUUGCUAAUAAUUUUAAUAACAAUUAGUUUUAAUCUUCUGAUUUCUAGAAUUGGCAAAAACAAUAUGGAUAUUAUAAUACAGAAUUCGAGAGAUAAUAUAGAGAAAUGAUAUACAAUCAAAAUAAAAAGCUUAUAUAAGAACACAAUAGCAAAUAGAACAUUACAUACAGAAUGUAGGAGAACUAAUUUAUGACUUUAACUCAUGAAGAAUUUGUAGGAAUCUAUCUGUAAGAAACAGAGGUGUCUAUACCAGAAAUAACAAUUCUUAAUUAAGAUUUUUAUCAACCAUUGUAAGCAGUUGACUGGAGAAAUUACACAACGAUUUAUAAUCAAGGUUCUUGUGCUGCAGGAUGGGCAUUUUCAGUGGGUAGUUCUAUUGAAGCCUGGUUUUAUAUUAGAGGUGGCGGAUAGAAUAUUUCUGUAUCAGUUUAGCAACUAAUCGACUGUGAGAAAAAUUCAUCAGGAUGUAGUGGAGGCAUUAACACAUAGGCUAUGUUAUAUGCUUUAUAAGAUGGACUAUACAAUUCUCAAAAUUAUCCUUAUGUUGGCACUCAAUUAGCUUGCAAAGCAACUAAGAGUGGUACAUAUUUUAUAAAUAAUUACACAUUUGUGGGAGGCUCUACAUAAUCAUUGCAAAGUUCCUUAUAAAAUUAUCCAGCAUCUGUUGGUUUGGAUGCAACAUAUUGGUAAUUUUAUAGUUCUGGAUUAUUUUCAAAUUGCUCUGAAAAUGUCGUUAAUCACUAUGCCCUUGCAAUAGGUUUUGAUUCAAAUAACAAUUGGGUUGUUUAAAAUUCAUUCGGAUCAGCUUGGGGUGAGAAUGGAAUUAUCAAACUACCACCUAAUAAUACAUGUGGAAUAUUAAAUCAAGCCUAUCAAAUAUAUUGAAAAUAUUCAUCAAAACAAAUAAGCCAUUAUUUUUAAAUAUUUAUA